UCCCUUUGCUCAGGCACUCGGGGGAGGAGGUGUUUGCAUUUCUCCGCAGGACCAGCUCGCUUUGCAGAGCAUUGUCUGGCCAUGGCAGAUUCCUUCACGGCCAGGAGCUGGCCCAUCCCCUGAGCAAAGGCAGCCUGGACAUGACCGGCAGGCAAGGGAGGAGGAAUUUGGAUUCCCUUCGGAGGCACCGACCCCUCCUCCGGCCGGGGGGAGCGCGGCCGCGGCCGCUCGGAGCCAGCGCGGUCAGCGGGGCCGGAGCGGAGCCGCUCCCCACGGCCACUGUCCCCCCGCGCCGGGCGCACACCCCCGGGGAUGCGGCAUCUCCAGCGCCGGGACGGAGCCCUGCUGCAAUGAGAUCUGAGCUUUGAUGUGAAGACCUCAACCAAAAUAUCUGCAGAUAUUCUGUGCUUCAGCCCCGAUCACAGUGUUAAUGAGCAAAAUUGCUUCAAAAUUAAGAGAAAAGAUGGCCAGCAACUGGAAGAUCUGCUUCUUCAGCCUCAUUUUGCUUCCCAUGGUUGCAGCAACCCAUUCCAACUGCAUCAUUAAAAAGGAGCAGGAGACUUGUCUGGAGAAAAUCCGGAGGGCAACGGCCCUGAACCCUCUCAAUGACUCUUCUCCAGGUUGCCCAGGAAUGUGGGACAAUAUCACGUGCUGGAAACCCGCGAGUGUGGGUGAAAUUGUCUUCGUCAAGUGCCCUGCACUGUUCAGAUUCAUCAUCUCUGAAGACGGCUGGGAAGUGGAUAAUUUGGGGCAAACCCAUGCAGGUGAUUAUGACCUGCUGGAAAGCACAGCCCAGUCCCUCUUAGGGGACAUCAGCAGGAACUGCACUGAGGAUGGUUGGUCCGAGCCUUUCCCUCAUUAUUAUGAUGCCUGCGGAUUUGAUGAGAAUGAAACAGAGUCCGAUAACCAGGAUUACUACUAUCUGUCUGUGAAGGCUCUGUACACGGUGGGAUACAGCACUUCCCUGGUUUCCCUCACCACUGCCAUGGUCAUCCUGUGUCGUUUCAGGAAGCUUCACUGCACUCGGAAUUUCAUCCACAUGAACCUCUUUGUUUCAUUCAUCCUCCGUGCAAUAUCUGUGUUCAUUAAAGAUGGGGUUCUCUAUGCCGAGCAGGAUGGCAACCACUGUUUCAUCUCCACAGUGGAAUGCAAAGCAGUGAUGGUGUUUUUCCACUACUGUGUCAUGUCCAACUACUUCUGGCUGUUCAUUGAGGGGCUGUACCUUUUCACUUUGUUGGUGGAAACCUUCUUCCCUGAGAGGAGAUACUUCUACUGGUACACCAUCAUCGGCUGGGGUACCCCAACAAUCUGUGUCACCGUCUGGGCAGUGCUGAGGCUCCAYUUCGAUGACACCGGCUGCUGGGACAUGAACGACAACACUGCCUUGUGGUGGGUGAUCAAGGGUCCYGUGGUUGGGUCAAUCAUGAUAAACUUUGUGCUUUUCAUUGGCAUAAUUGUGAUACUUGUGCAGAAACUCCAGUCACCUGAUAUCGGGGGCAAUGAAUCCAGCAUAUACUUCAGCUGCGUUCAGAAAUGCUACUGUAAGCCUAAGAGGGCUAACCAGCACUCUUGCAAGAUGUCAGAACUAUCAACCAUUACCCUGAGGCUGGCUCGCUCCACGCUGCURCUGAUCCCCUUGUUUGGAAUUCACUACACGGUGUUUGCCUUUUCUCCUGAGAAUGUCAGUAAGCGGGAGAGGCUGGUGUUUGAGCUGGGACUGGGAUCCUUCCAGGGUUUUGUUGUCGCUGUUCUUUAUUGCUUCUUGAAUGGGGAGGUGCAAUCAGAAAUAAAGAGAAAAUGGAGGAGCUGGAAAGUCAACCGGUAUUUUGCUGUGGAUUUCAAACAUCGUCAUCCUUCUCUAGCGAGCAGCGGAGUGAACGGGGGGACACAACUCUCCAUUCUGAGCAAGAGCAGCUCUCAGAUUCGGAUGUCCAGCAUAAAUGCGGAGAACCUGGCGACAUGAGCAGCUAAGGAGAGCAAAGCAACCAACGAGCAAACCAAAAACCAUCCCUUGAAAAAGAAAAAAAAUGAAAUAAUAGUUUUGGUGGUGGUGCAGGUCUCUCUUCCUCUCCUCUCCUCUCCUCUCCUCUCCUCUCCUCUCCUCUCC